AUGUCUCCGGUCAUUCUUGGGAUCGCGGCUCAAUUGGAGUUGUUCCAAGUGACAAUAUUAUACUUCUCUCGAGAGAGUAUCCGCAUGGCAAUCCAGAGACAGCCUCUUCAGCCCAUGUCGAGCAACAAUUUACCAAAGUCCCAAGCGGAUCCAGCUGAGAAAGAACGAGUCACGUCUUCUCAGAGUCACCUGGCAGUCGCAUCUCAAUCAGUGGUCAAUCUGUCUUAUUUGAGUCUCGGCCUCGGCGUCCUGUUGACUAUGGCGAUCACUUCGUUAUACCGGUAUUAUGCGCCAGUCCAGGCUGCAUUCACCCCCUAUUUCCAACACAGUGUGGUGAUCACAGGGUUUGCGUCUUUACUCGAGCUGGCUAUUGAGCCCUUUUUCGCGGUCAUCCAGCAGCGUAUGUGGUAUGAGAAGAGAGCUGCUGUGGAAAUGCCUGCAGCAUUUCUUCGUAGUCUUACCACGUGCUCGACCUUCAUUUACGCUUCUCGCGCAAAUGUCCCCAUUGGUGCCCUUCCAUUUGCAUUGGGCCAUCUCAGCUAUUCGCUUGCCUUGCUCUGUGGUUACUGUUGGACCAUGGUGGGAAGAGGCAGUGACAAUAGGCCGUUCACAUAUCGUCUUGCCAAGAUCAAAACUAGCUCCUCCGAAUACAUUUUCGGUCGAUUCCCACGGCCUCUCAUGUCCAUUGCAGCCAGCGUCUUCCUCCAAUCAGUCGUGAAGCAUCUUCUGACCCAAGGCGAUGCCAUGAUGCUCGCUGCGCUGUCUACCUUGGAAGAUCAAGGAAUUUAUUCCUUGGCAGCAAAUUACGGCGGACUCGUCGCCCGUAUCGUUUUUCAGCCGCUGGAAGAAAGCAGCCGCAACCUCUUCUCGAGUCUCCUCAGCUCCGACGAGACAGGCAAAUGCGACAAGUCCCAAGUUCAUGCGGCCAAGAAGCACCUAAUUGGAUUGCUUCGCGCGUAUCAAUUACUAUCUCUAGCCAUCUUCCCGCUUGGCCCACUGGCGAUCCCGUAUGUGCUUCGUGCAUUGGGUGGCUCCCAGUGGGCGUCGACGAAAGUGGGAGAUCUGCUCUCGCUCUACUGCUAUUAUAUUCCAUUCCUGGCGUUCAAUGGCAUCACCGAAGCUUUUGUCUCAUCGGCUGCAGACUCGAGUCAGAUCCGCAACCAAACAGUCUGGAUGGGCGCGUUCUCUGCUUGUUAUGCUCUGGCGGCGUUCCUGUUCCUGGAAGUAGGCUCUAUGGGGGCGUAUGGACUAGUUUUGGCCAAUAUUGUCAAUAUGGCCGUGCGUACUCUGUGGAGUUGUAACUUCAUUCGCAAAUACUUUGCCCAGCAAGGUGACGAAAUUGAUGCUACUGAGAUCUCAAUGCAGCCGAUAAGCUAUGCUGCGGGAGUCGCAGCCACGACUUUUGUGGCGAGACAGGGCUUUGAACAAUCAAAUCGGGGUAUCAUCCAGGCAAUUCUAUUCAGUGGUGUCUAUGGACUUUUGGUGCUUUUCCUGGAGAGGCGAUAUGUAAUGCAACAAAUCACGGAGCUGCGACAAGCUCUUUCCGCACGCUCAAAAAGGACAAAAUCAGACUGA